AUGGACGAUUCAGAUGAAGAAUACGUAAGAACAAAUUCACCAUCUUCGAAACUUUCAUCAGAAGUUCCAGAAGCGAAAGCAUCACCACGAGACAAGAAUGGCGUUUCUACACGUACUAGAUCAUCACGAAGAGGAGAAGUUAGUGAUUUAAAAGGGGCAAAUGGUUAUGCAUGGGAAGAUGAAUAUCAAAGAUCAUGGGAUAUUGUGAAAGAUGAUGAACUGGGAAGUAAUUCGUUUGAAGCUAUGGUUCAAUCCAUCAUUGAGAAUCGAAAGAAGAAAAUUAUGAAGAAUCCUAGUACUCCAUUCCAAAGAGGUAUCAUUAGAACUUUGGUAAUUAUAAUAGAUGGAUCACUGGUCAUGAGUGAAAAAGAUUUACGACCUAAUAGAUUAUCAAUGACAUUGUCAUAUUUACAAGAUUUUGUUACCGAGUUUUUUGAUCAGAAUCCAAUAUCUAGAUUAGGUAUAAUUUUGAUGAGAAAUGGUAUUGCCAACUUGGUGAGUGAAGUUAGUGGGCUGCCACAGUAUCAUAUAGAUAAAAUCAGACAAUUAAAAGCAAGACAGCAUAAUAGAUUCGAACCUAAAGGGGAUCCAUCACUACAGAAUUCAUUGGAGAUGGCAAGAUCGUUGCUAAAAUUUAAUUUUGGUUCUACUUCCAACAACACGAAGAACUCCAAAGAGGUGUUGAUUAUAUUUGGUGCAUUAUUCACAAGUGAUCCGGGCGAUAUACACAGAACGAUAGACAAUUUAAUCAAGGAUGAAAUCAAAGUCAGUGUUAUUGGUUUGUCAGCUCAGGUUGCUAUUUGUCAAGAGCUUGUUAAUAGAACUAAUAAAGAGCCGCGAAACUCCCAGUCAAAGCAUUAUGGUGUUAUUAUGAAUGAGUCACAUUUCAAAGAAUUGUUAAUGGAUUCAGUGACCCCUUUACCAUUGACAGAAUCAGAAAAGCGCUUACAGGAUGCACAAUCAGAAGAUGGGGGUGUUCCAGUUCUACGUAUGGGAUUUCCAUCGAAAGUUCAACCUACUUUAACUUCAGUUGUUACAGGAACGGAUAUGAUCAUUGAAUUCCCACAUUUAAAUGCAUCUUUCCCAACCCAAGGAUCUGAAGAUUCAAAAGAUGCUGUUGAGAUUCAAAACAAUCGAGCCGUUGCUGCUGCUUCAUCUUCAGUAAUAGGUUAUCAAUGUCCACAGUGUAAGAGUAAAGUUUGUAAUUUACCAACACUUUGUCCUGUGUGUGGAUUAAUGUUGAUUUUGUCUACUCAUUUGGCAAGAUCAUAUCAUCAUUUGGUUCCACUUGCACAAUUUAAGGAGGUGCCUGUUGCUCCAGUUUAUGAUAGUGAGUUUUGCUUUGGAUGUCAAUUGAAGUUUCCUGAUGGGGUUAAAGCUGGCACACAGAAGGGUUCAUUAGAAUCAAUGACAAGUUCUCGUUAUCGUUGUAAAAGAUGUGAAAAGUCAUUCUGUAUAAAUUGUGACGUGUUUGUCCAUGAAGUUUUGCACACCUGCCCAGGAUGUGAAAACAUGUAA